AUGAAGAGGUUCUUCUUUGAAUGGAUCUUACUUUCCUCCGCCAUCGGAUCUGCUAUUGGAAAAACUUUACGUCGUAAUAAACAGGAUCCGUUAACCUUAGAAGGUUGCGGUUAUGGUUUGUAUCCAGCUGCUGGGGGCGAUAGAAUCGUAGGAGGAGAGGAAGUGCUCCAUGGGCAAUAUCCUUGGAUGGUUUCUAUGUUUAGGGAAGCUAAUGAUUUUAGGCACUGGUGUGGCGCAACCAUAUUAAAUGAGCGCUGGAUCAUUACUGCAGCACACUGCAUUCAUUAUCCCGAUGAGCCCUGGAGGUACACAGUCUUUGCCGGUCUGCACAAAUUAUCUGCUGAAGACAGCUCAACAGUUAGAAGCUACAAAAUUUCUGAAAUACAUAUUCAUGAAAAUUUCGACAGCAGUUCCUUUUCCAAUGACAUUGCUCUGUUGAAGACGCAGAAUCCGAUAGACGUAGCAGGGUCCGGUGGAUACAUUAAUGGCAUUUGCCUACCUAAAAGUACAGAGGACCCCACUGGGUUUUCCAGAGCAACUGGUUGGGGUUAUACUAGACAAGGUGGAUAUAAAUCAGAUGUCUUGAAGCAAGUUUUGCUCCCAAUGGUUGACCGUGAUACAUGUAACGAUAUUUUCCAUGAUGAAGUUUACAGCAAUAUGAUAUGUGCCGGAAAAGAAGGACGUGAUACAUGUCAGGCAGAUUCUGGCGGACCACUUUUCCAAACGGAUGAAAAUGGCAUAUCGACCUUGAUUGGAAUUACGUCUUUCGGGUUAGGAUGUGGCAGAGAUCCUGGGGUCUAUACGAAAGUUGCUUUUUUCCAUGACUGGAUGACAAAGAUUAUUCUUAAUUAAUUUUUCCACUGCAAGACAAUGGCAACUACAAAGCAUUCAUCACCUCACAUAUGCAGGGUUCCUGACAAAUUAUUUGUUUGUCCCAGGGGAAAAGGGACCCAAGUUCUAAAAAAGGGACCUCAAUUUGUAUUUUAAAGGUUAAAAUUUUGGAUGCACUGAUCAAGUGACAAUACUUGGUUAUCAGCCACUUUAGACUAUCUAUAAUCGGCACAGUUUAGCCAAUUAAUUAGCUGAGAAAUAGUUUUUAAUUAAAUUACUUUUGCACAGUACACUAAACUAUAUGACACUAAGGUGAACUUAUAACACCUAAUCAAAAGUUUCAAACUCCAGCUAUUGUGUCCCUAUUUGAUUUAAAAGUAACAAAUCAUAGUAGGAAUAGAUGACAGCUUUUUUUUUUUCUUUUUUUUAAGAAAAAGAAAUACAACUGAAUAAAAGAAGGUACAGGAAAAAGUUUUAAAAAAAACUGAAAUUUAAAGGAGAAAAGGGACUAUAUUUUGAAAAAAGAGACUUUAAGGGAUGAGAAACUAUAAAAAAGAAUUUUAGGGAGGGAAAGGAA